UCAAGGUUUUAGUAGGCAACAUUUUCCAGACCUGAAAUGUUGUCGACGGCAAUAUGCCGGAAGGCAAGAAAGAGAGGAUAAGACAACACACAU